AUGCCCUAUUCUGCGAUAACUCCUCAAGAAGUAUGUCUCAAAGCAGAAGCCCCUUGUUGCCAGUGUCGCAAGUGCGUUUCUGAGAGUGGAAUAUGCCUUUCACCUCGCCUGGCUCCAAUUAAGGGCAAAGAAUGGAAAGCUUGGGAGGCCCCACCCUUAUGGCAUAGUAGAAAAUCCAUGGAUUUGAACUACAUGUUGUGGUCGAUGGAGCAUACCAGAACCACUCAGGGCAGCAGGAUCAAGGCAUUGUUGCUAGUACAAAUUGCACUUGCUGAAAUGCACAUGUCCAAGCAACGCGGCUAUUGGGCCGCUAAGAGGGCCCGUCUCAGUAGCAUCUGCAGUGGGACAGGUGAAUUGAUCAAGACAUUUCUUGAGCGCGACCUCAUUUCGCCAAACACAGUUGUUCCCUGGAAAUUGAAUGAACACUCAGGUUGUUAUGCUAAACCCAUUGACGGGUUGAAAGUUUCAGAGUUGCUAUUCUGGAUGAUUAUGCUGCGCCAUUCGCAUAGCCUUGAAGACAACAACGUUGAUCUUGAUUUCCAGGUAUCGAUCGAGGAACUUCCUGAUGGACGAAUAUUUGCCAAGUUUGACGAUAAACACGAGGACGGCAAAUGCUACCUGCCGUACGGUACUUGCAUCCUCAGUAGUCUCUACAAAGAUUAUUCGUGCCUACGCCCACGACAGAUCAUUGAACCGUCGUCCCUCGAGAACAAAGCUCGCAUUCUUCAGUUACUCGAUGAGAAAGCAGGCAAUUCAGAAGACAUGCUUCAGAGAAAAGAAAGGGGGAUCAACGAAGAUUGGCCACAAGCCCCGCCGCCAAGCGAAUACCGGGACCUGGGGCAUGAAGCGGUCAACGGCGAAAUUGGGGCGGCACUUGAGCCUCUGAAUAAGCCAGGUGCGCACACGACAUUAUUCGCACAUGGUAUUGUCGUUCGUUUCGCUGUUGCGCUGGUGUCAGCCACCUCUUUGAACUUUCCUUGGAACACAAUCGUGCUUGAGACGACAAUUUGCAGAGAGCUCAGGGGGCUGUUUGAGGUCUGGAUUUAA